CACGCGAAAUAUGAAGAGAAACAUGGAAUAAAGAAACACAAACGGCAGAAAAUAGUUCGUCAGUAUAACGAAAAAUGUUCCUCGAAUAACGUGUAUCUAAAUGUCACUCUGUUAGAUUAUCUUUUCACACACGAGGCAUUGAUGAAUAUUUAAUGGCUGGUCAAUUAAGCAUCAACGAAACCAUAAACUCGCCUUGAAACUCCGGCCAUAAUUACGCGUUCUGUGUCAAGUUGUCAACCAUGAGCUGUAAUUCUGUUUGCACGAUAUUCUUUAUCUGCCGUCAGACUGCACUUUGAACAUUUACGUCUGUGUAUAAUGGAGCACCAACACCUACGUAUCAUCGAGUAGAGUUUACAGAAAUUUCUGUAAAUAUAUAUUCGCCUCAUCGUGGAAUCGUAUUCCCAGCAGUUCAAUUCUGUUGAAGAGAGCGUUAUGUUUUAGGUCGGUCCUACACGUAAGAAUACAGGGAAAAACUUGGUGAAAGAAAAGAAGAGACAAAGACGAGGAAAUUGGAUAACAGAGGAAAUUCACGAUUGA